UCAUGUUUGCGCAAGUUGGCGCUUAAAAUAGUGGGCUUAAACCCAAGAGUCUGAGACCUCUCCACCAAACAUGCUCCUCAUUGAUUAGUGCGUGAUAUCUUCAGGUUGUUGAGGAUUUGACUUUUUUUUAAAAAAAAUAAUUCACGUGAUCAUCAGAAAAGGAUGCCGCAUCGAACGACUUACUUUUUCCCGCGGCAGUUUCCGGACCGCAAGUUGGCGGCGGGUGAUCACGAGAAUAAGCAGCAGGUGGUGGUUGAUGGCGACAAGAUUCACGGGAAGCAGCUGGCCGCCUUCGUAAAGUGGCUCUCCGACAAGAAUCACAAGGAGAAGGCGUCCCGAUUUUCCGAGGAGGAAGAGCGGCUACUGCGAAGCAAUGAGAUUGAGCCUCUGCAGAGUGAGGGGAGCACUAGCUACGCCGGCAGCUUGUUUUCCGGUACCACUUUGGACGGGAAUUGGAAGGAAGAGGAGGAGGAGGAGGAUGGGGUGGCGCAGAGGUAUAAAGAGGGGUACUAUCUACAGCUCAUGUUUGCGAAACGCCUUACUCAACAGGCCGCCCUUGUCACAGAGCCUCUGCUUCACCCCGCCCGCGAUGCGGACACCGUCUCGUACCGUCUUUGGGCGAGUGGUUGCUUGUCAUACAAUGACAAAAUAACGGAUGGAUUCUACAACAUAUUGGGGAUGGAUCCAUAUAUGUGGGUGAUGUGCAACGAGUUCGAGGAAGCUACAAGGAUGCCGUCGUUGAUUGCUCUCUCAAGUGUCGAACCCAAUGAUUCAUCUUUGGAGGUCAUUUUGGUGGAUCGUCGCGGUGACUCGCAGCUCAGGGAGCUUGAGGAUAAAGCUCAGGAGAUUUAUUUCUCUGCUGAGAGUAACCUCACUUUGGCUGAGGAACUUGGAAAACUUGUUGCUCUCUCUUUGGGGGGUUCAUUUCCUUCCGAACAAGGCGACCUUCACUGCGGAUGGAAAUUGGUCGAUCAAAAGUUUAAGGAUUUGUACAAAUGCAUCGUCCUUCCAAUCGGUAGCCUAUCUAUGGGACUCUGCAGGCACCGCGCUAUUCUCUUCAAGAAACUAGCAGAUUAUGUAGGUCUGCCUUGUCGGAUUGCUCGAGGUUGCAAAUAUUGUGAUUCUGACUAUCAAUCGUCAUGCCUGAUCAAAAUUGAGGAUGAAAGGAAGAUUCUGAGCAGGGAAUAUGUUGUUGAUCUAGUUGGGCAACCAGGGCACAUUCAUGAUCCCGAUUCAUCAAUCAAUGGAAAUUUGCUUGCCCCUGUGCCCUCUCCGUUUCAAAUAUCUCACAUAAAAGAAUUUCAGCAAGAUUUGAAGAAUAAGAUUGAUUGUCAAUUGGUGAAAUCAAAGUAUGCAUGCGGGAGUAACAAUCCUAUGCGUUCAGUUCGCGCAGAUGGACACAAGGGCGUUACCCGUCCGGAAAGAGUAGAAAAUGACAAGAGCAGCAUGGAUGUUUUUGAUGUUGGUGCUGCAGUGUCGGAAGAUGGUCAUUCUAAACCAGGAACUGACAGAAUUAUCGUAAAACAAACUUACAAAAAGGAGAUUGUUGUAGCAGGAAACGCGGUUUUAGCUCAAGCUGGUCGACAACCCCCAAAAGUAUCCUUCUGUGAAAGCAAAGAUGAGCAGCAGAUUAAGAACAAAUGUUAUGAUAAUGUGAAUUAUCAUGCUUCAUUGAUUCCUAGAUAUUUAAGCAUUGAGCCUUCUCUUGCAAUGGAUUGGCUUGAGAUAGCAUGGGAUGAGUUGCAUAUCAAAGAACGUGUUGGAGCUGGAUCUUUCGGCACAGUUCAUCGGGCUGAAUGGCAUGGAUCGGAUGUAGCAGUUAAGGUUCUAACCAUCCAGGAUUUUCAUGAUGAUCAAUUGAAGGAGUUUCUAAGGGAGGUUGCCAUCAUGAAACGUGUCCGUCAUCCUAAUGUUGUGCUGUUCAUGGGAGCUGUUACAAGACGUCCGCAUCUAUCUAUAGUAACAGAGUACUUGCCGAGAGGCAGUCUAUUCCGGCUGAUACACAGACCAGCUGCUGGGGAGAUAUUGGAUCAGAGGAGGCGUCUACGCAUGGCUCUCGAUGUGGCUAAGGGAAUCAAUUAUCUUCAUCGUCUUAACCCACCUAUCGUCCACUGGGACCUGAAAUCACCAAAUCUGUUGGUUGAUCGGAAUUGGACUGUUAAGGUGUGCGAUUUCGGCUUGUCAAGAUUCAAAGCAAAUACAUUCAUUUCAUCAAAGUCUGUUGCUGGAACCCCUGAAUGGAUGGCCCCUGAAUUUCUUCGUGGAGAGCCCUCCAAUGAGAAAUCUGAUGUUUACAGUUUUGGAGUAGUUUUAUGGGAGCUCGUCACAAUGCAACAACCUUGGAGCGGUCUUAGCCCUGCCCAGGUGGUUGGAGCAGUUGCUUUUCAGAAUCGAAGGCUUGCAAUCCCACCAAACACCUCCCCAGUCUUGGUGUCUCUGAUGGAGGCAUGCUGGGCUGACGACCUUGCUGAGCGCCCCUCGUUCGUUAGUAUAGUGGAUACGCUGAAGAAGCUGCUGAAAUCUCCACUCCAGUUGAUACAAAUGGGCGGCCCGUGAUACUAUACCGACGUAUCUGCUUAACGUCGACAGUUAAGGUUACAUGCCUAGCUAGAGCGGUUUUCGGCAAGCCAUAUUUUCAUCCCAAUUUGCUUACUUAAGAUGGUCAUUUGGGAAUAUGGAGCAAUGGGUUUCAGUCAACUAUACAGAAUCUAACCUUAUAAAUAGAUUGAUUUCAUUUCGGUUGAUGAUCUUUUGAGCAACGCAAAGCAAAAGUUGCGGAACAGCAUGAAUUAUUUAGCUGAUUGGGAAUUGUUUUGCUGGUUUAAUUGUCUAGCACUUAUUUCUUCUACUACUACUAUAUAAAUCAGCCAGUACUUAGUAUCUUGAUA